AUGGACCCCUCGAAUCCUGAAGCUCAAGUCUCCUCAGAGGACGAGUCUGUUGCGCGACCCACGGUAUUUCAGGAAUCAGUCCCGGCUCCCCCCGACCCCAUGUCCAUGGACGCACAAGUCGCACCAGCCCGGUCGUUCGUGAUGGUAGCCGUGGCUGGGGAAAGCCUCAAUGCAGACCCCACCGGCUAUUAUCACCAAGGUUCCGAUUUCGUGCUCUUGGACAUGCUCAAGAACCAGCUGGCAUAUCUCCCCAAUCUCAGCGACCUCCGGCCCGAUGCAAACAUCGAAGACGCAAUCGUCGAUGAGCCCGGGGAAUCGGACCCCGCGGAUGAAGAGAGGCUCCGGGCCAUUCUCAGGGAACACCGCAUGAUUUUUUGGGAGAAGGGAAUGCACUUUCCCCCCCCGCCCGAGGCGUCAAUCCCCGCUGAUUUACUAUCCAAGGUGUAUGAGCUGCUCAAACGUCUCCUGGAAACGGGUCUGAUCGAGUACUCCAACUCAGAAUGGGCGUCGGCCAUCGUCCUCGUGAUGAAGACGAACGGCACCGACGUCGGCUUAUGCAUCGACUACCGGUUGGUGAACCAACUGAUUAAGUUGAUGAACUACCCCUACCCCUAA